ACUGCCUGCUGGCAAGAGAGAGAGAGAGAGAGAGAGAGAGAGAGAGAACGGAGUGGGAAGGUGUGUGUUUUGAAGCUUUGAAGGAAUCAGCACAAGGGGAAGAGCACUUCUUACACUGCUUUAUUCCUAUUGUGUGUGUGUGUGUGUGUGUGCGAGAGAGAGAGAGUGUGUGAGAGAGAGAGAGAGAGAGAGAGAGAGAGAGAAAGAGAGAGAGGCUCGCUCUGGGACUGUGUGUGGAUCCUGGGUUACUGCAGUAAAAGCGGUGCAGGACACAAACGCCGCACUCCAGAAGACUUCUCAGGAGCUUCAGGAGCAAAAGGAGCCUGAAGAAGAGCUUGGUCUGGGUGCUAGAAUGUUCUCCUGCUCCUCGCAAGUGUACGUGCAGUGAGUGUGUGGACGCUGAUCUGACUGCACCUGCUUCCUCCAGGCUUUAGGUUAUGUGCAGUGGCUAAGCUGUGAUAUGGCUGAACGGGCCAAGCAGGCCCAGAAUUCCCUUCUGCAGCGCUGUGUCCACCUCCACCUUCGCUCCCUUUGGCCCAUUGUGAGAGUCUGAUCCUUCCCAGUCCGUGCGCGCCCUCCCGGGGCUUCCGAAUCACCAGGCCUCCUGGCUUCACUGCAGGCCCACCAUGGGAGGAUGCCUCUCCAAACCCAAACCAGUAGAGGUCAAAGUUGAGCUCACUCUCCUGGACAAGGAGAAGGAAGCGGACCUGAUGUCUCCCAACGGUAAGGCCAGUCCGUUCUCGGAGUGUCGUCCCAACGGUUCUCUGGGUCACUGCUCGGAUGACGACUCGUCCGUUCUGCGUCCGUCACACAAACACCGAGACUACAUCGAGGCCACAGUUUGCCACGUCAAAGACCUGGAAAACGGACAGAUGCGUGAGGUGGACCUGGGGCUGGGCAGAGCUCUGCUCAUUAAGGAACAUGGGGAAUUCUCUGCCAUGGGGCACAAAUGCCCACACUAUGGGGCACCACUGGUUAAGGGGGUUUUAUCUAAAGGACAUGUUCGGUGUCCGUGGCACGGAGCCUGUUUCAACAUUGCAACUGGAGACAUCGAGGACUUCCCAGGGCUGGACAGCCUUCCCACUUUUCAGGUCAGAGUUGAAAAGGAGAAGGUGAUCAUACGGGCAAACAAACAGGUUCUACAGACGCAGAGGAGGACAAAGGCCAUGGCCAAGUGCUCGGCCGUCAUCAACUCCAGUACAAGCUUUAGCCACGUUCUCAUCAUCGGAUCAGGUCCCGCUGCAUUGGUGUGUGCAGAGACGCUGAGACAGGAAGGCUUCACUGACCGCAUUGUGAUGUGCAGCAUGGACAAACACCCUCCGUAUGACAGGCCUAAACUGAGUAAGUCAUUAGAAAGCACAGCUGAACAGCUACAACUGCGCUCAACCGAGUUCUUCCAGAGCCAUGACAUUGAACUGAUGCUGGAGAAAGAGGUUGUGUCAGUUGAUGUAAAAACAAAGACCGUAAUGUUUCAGGAUGGCUAUAAGAUGGAGUACAAAAAGCUCUUCAUUGCAACCGGAAGCAGACCCAAGUCCAUAAACUACAAAGGUAAAGAUGUGAGCAACGUGUUUCAUCUGAGAACUCCAGAGGAUGCGAACAGCAUAGCCCGACUGGCCAGCAGCAAGAACGCCGUCAUCGUUGGGACCUCGUUUAUCGGUAUGGAGGUUGCAGCUGCUCUUACAGAUAAAGCUCACUCGGUCUCUGUGAUUGGAAUCGAUGCAGUGCCUUUCCGUAAAGCUCUGGGGGAGAAAGUAGGAAAAGCACUGAUGAAGCUGUUCGAGAUGAACAGGGUGAAGUUCUACAUGCUGAACGAGGUGUCCGAGAUGAGAGGCCAUCAUGGACAGUUAAAAGAAGUAGUGCUGAAAAGCGGCAAGGUCUUAAGAGCAGACGUGUGUGUUAUCGGCACGGGUGCAGCUCCUGCUACGGCAUUUCUCAAACAAAGUGGCUUGCACAUGGACUCUAAGGGCUUCAUAACUGUGAACAAGAUGAUGCAGACGAAUGUGGAUGGAGUGUUUGCAGGCGGUGAUGUUGUGACAUUCCCGCUGGCUCUCCGUGGAAAUAAGAAGGUGAACAUCCCUCACUGGCAGAUGGCUCAUGUCCACGGGAGGGUCGCUGCUAUGGGCAUGAUGGAAAAAGCCGCAGAUAUUCGGACGGUGCCUUAUUUCUGGACUGCUAUGUUUGGAAAAAGCAUACGCUAUGCAGGUUACGGGGAUGGGUUUGAUGACGUCAUCAUCCAGGGAGAUUUGGACGAGCUCAAAUUUGUGGCGUUUUACACAAAGAGCGAGGAGGUGAUCGCCGUGGCCAGUAUGAACUACGACCCCAUAGUGUCCAGGGUCGCAGAAGUCUUCGGAUCUGGAAAGACGGUUAAGAAACGUGAUGUGGAGACAGGAGAUAUCUCGUGGUUGAUAGAUAAAGGUAUGCAGUGAGGACGCACCCGACUUUUCAUUCGGUUCUGUUUAAUGUCCGUGCUGCUGAUUUGGGAUCCUGCAUGCUGGAUGAGAGGCUGAAGAAUCCAUCUCCUGCGCAUUUAUGCGGCGUAAAAGCCAAACCUGGGCUCACCUGUGGCAUGAAGCUGUUUCUUACAACCCCAAGACUUUACACAGAGCUGUGAAUAAACCUAGACCCGCUCAACACUUUCCUUAAAAUAACCUGGAGCUGCUUUGCGACAAGAUGACGGUCGGGUUUGGGAAGCCGACGCGUCGCCGAGCUUGGCCUUUUCUGCUUGCGCAUGAAGCGACUACCCGUGCACAGUGUUUAUAAAAGGGCAGCGAAGGAGGAAAGAUAGAUGUUUGAUUUUGUACAUGCAACACUGUAAAUAGUUCUUACCUGGAAAUGCAUUGUAACAUUAAGUGAUGUUUUUGUUUCUACUAAAAAAAAACCUUGCAAGUUUGUAUUGCUACCGAUUAGCUAAAGAUCAGCUUUCAUGUUUGUAUGACCAAUUUGGUACGACGUUUGCUAUGACAUCGCCUUGUUUCGGGAAAAAAAAACAACAACGACGAAGCCUUUGAGAAAUCACGCUGAAUAUUUAGACAUAUAGGCUAAUCGAUUACGAUCAUCAGCACACAUGCGUCUUGCUUAAAGUCUAAGUAGGACCGAGGCCAGGUUUCAGGUUGUUUAGUGGACGCUCGGACGUCCCAUAGGUAGGCUGUUUUUUUUAUUUUUAUUUUUUUUAUUAAUUAAGGAGUUUGAAACCUGGCCUGAUGUCACAACAGACUAGUAGAAAUAUCUAAUAAAAUAAAACCAGUAGCAUGAACUUCCCUUUCAAAGGAGAAAAGCAUGUUCCUUAGCAUCAGGCCCAUAAUGCUGACUAACAGCUCUUAAUAUAAUGUACCUCUUAUGGUAACUUUAUGGUUGCCUCGUUGGUUAAUUGCACAAAAAAUAAUAUAAGUACAUAUUUAAACCUAUACCUCUAUAAUAAUAAUAAUAAUAAUAAUAAUAAUAAUAAUAAUAAUAAUAAUAAUAAUGCUAGAGAUAUAAAACUGUAAGCUUGUAUAUGCUGUUAUCUUUUAUCUUGUUGAUUGUUAAAUUGAUCUAUUGACUGAUGAAUAAUUCUAUUUUUAGAUAGUAUGCAAUAAUUCUAAUUGCUGAACUAGUAGUUCUGACCUCCUGAAACUCCUUUUUGUUACUAACUCAGGGAUAGGAGGAUCUUAUAAAAGGGGUUUGUGCUGUUGCAAAUAAA